AUGAAUAACGGUUCUGGUCGAUACUUGCUGACUCCCCCAGAUGAUCUUCACCCCUAUGUGCCAAGCUCGAAACCUCAGGAACAAGUAUACCCUGAUUUCAAGCCUUGGGAGCACACUGCAGCAGAAGAUCAAAUCCUAGCAAACUUUGUGGCUAAGGGCUUUUACCAUACACCAAUGGUAAAUUUCGAGUCCAUAUCUGCGAGAUCAUCUGUUCAUGAAUCAUUAGUCACUCAAUCCAACAUUCUUUCCCAGCAAUUCGACAAAAUUAUCAAGAUUAGAGAAGACCACAUUAAUAAGAUCCCCUCAAAUUCCACGACGACAUUACACGGGCCUGGUUUUCAGUUGCCUAAUAGAAUAACCCUUACUGAUCAUAGAAAGGAAACGUGGUUGCAUGAAUUGAGUUCGUCUCACACUUCGCUGGUCAAAAUUGGCAAGUUUAUACCUCACGGCUUGAAAAGAAGGCAAGUCAUCGAGCAGUGCUAUUUAAAAUUUAUACCAUUGAAAAGGGCGAUUUGGUUGAUAAAGUGCUGCUAUUUUAUCGAAUGGAAAUCGAACCACAAAAAGAAGAGGUCAAAUGCUGCUGGGGCAGAUGAUGCCAUUUCCAUGCACCUGCUAAAGGACUGGACGGAUACCUUUGUAUACAUCCUGGAAAAGCUCAUCUUUGAUAUGACAAAUCACUAUAACGAUUCUCAACAACUGCGUACGUGGAAGAGGCAGAUUUCUUAUUUUUUAAAACUUUUGGGGAAUUGCUACUCACUAAGAUUGAUCAAUAAGGAAAUCUUUCAUCAUUGGCUUGUAGAGUUUAUAAAUAAGAUGGAAAACUUCGAAUUUUUGCCAUUAUCUUUACAUAUUUUGAUGAUUUUUUGGAACGACAUCUGCCAAAUUGAUACAAAUGCUCCUGUUGCGGCUACAAUAACAUCAAGUCAAAAAGAGCCCUUCUUUCUGGUAACAAAAAUCACUGAUAUGCUAUUGCACAAAUAUUAUAUUGUUUCCAGCAGCAAAUCAAUGAUAAAUGACGAGAACUACAUCAUCAAUGAUAUAAAGAAAAACAACAAGAUAAAGUUGAAUAUUCUCAAAAUAUUAUCCAGUUUAAUUUUGAAAAUUUUUCAAGAACAAUCUUUAGAGGUGUUUAUAUUUCCCACAUCUAACUGGGAAAUUUACAAGCCCUUACUUUUUGAAAUAGUCUCAAACGCCGACACUAAUCAAAAUUCUGAUAUGAAGAAAAAAUUAGAGUUAAUUAGUUACAGAAACGAGUCAUUGAAGAAUAAUUCUUCUAUACGAAACGUAAUAAUGUCUGCCAGCAACGCAAAUGACUUUCAAUUAACUAUCGUCACCUGUAAACAAUUUCCAAAACUAUCAUGCAUUCAAUUAAAUUGUAUAGAUACUCAGUUCACCAAGCUACUGGACGAUAACCCUACAGAAUUCGAUUGGCCCACUUACGUUGACCAAAAUCCCCUUACAAUGCAUAAAAUUAUUCAAUUAAUUCUCUGGUCCAUACAUCCAUCAAGGCAAUUUGAUCACUAUGAAUCUAAUCAACUGGUAGCGAAAUUAUUACUAUUGCGAAUAAAUUCAACAGAUGAGGAUUUGCACGAAUUCCAGAUAGAAGAUGCCAUUUGGUCAUUGGUUUUCCAAUUAGCCAAAAAUUUUUCGGCCCAAAAGAGGGUGGUAUCAUAUAUGAUGCCUUCUUUGUAUCGCCUGCUUAAUAUACUAAUUACUUAUGGCAUCAUUAAGGUCCCUACGUAUAUCAGAAAGCUAAUCAGUUCCGGCCUACUUUAUCUCCAAGAUUCCAAUGAUAAGUUUGUGCAUGUCCAGCUGUUAAUUAACUUGAAAAUUUCACCGUUGAUGAAAAGUCAAUACAAUAUGGUAUUGAGGAACGUUAUGGAAUAUGACGUUAAAUUUUAUGAAAUUUUUAAUUUCGACCAACUCGUGGAAAUCACAGAACAAAUCAAAAUGCGAAUACUCUCCAAUGAUAUAACUAAUUUGCAACUGUCGAAAACUCCUCUGAGCAUUAAAAUCAUGGUUGCAGAAUGGUACUUAUCACAUUUAUGUUCCGGUAUUUUAUCUAGUGUUAACCGCACAGUGUUGCUAAAAAUAUUCAAGAUUUUUUGUAUCGAUCUGGAGGUUUUCCACCACUUUUUUAAGUGGAUCGAGUUUAUUGUCUACCAUCAAUUGCUAAGUGAUAUAGAAUCUCUGGAGGCAUUGAUGGACAUCUUGCUAUGCUACCAAAAAUUGUUCUCACAAUUCAUUAAUGACCAUAUUCUUUUUACGAAGACGUUCAUAUUCAUUUACAAGAAAGUUUUGAAAGAAAAAGACGUGCCUGCUUAUAAUGUGACUUCAUUUAUGCCAUUCUGGAAAUUUUUUAUGAAAAACUUCCCUUUUGUUUUAAAGGUGGAUAACGAUUUAAGGAUUGAGUUACAAUCUGUUUACAAUGAUGAGAAAUUGAAAACUGAGAAGCUGAAGAAUGAUAAAUCAGAAGUCUUGAAGGUGUAUUCCAUGAUCAAUAAUUCAAACCAAGCUGUUGGACAGACUUGGAAUUUUCCCGAGGUGUUUCAAGUAAACAUCAGGUUUCUACUACACAACUCCGAGAUCAUUGAUACAAAUACAAGCAAACAGUUCCAGAAAGCACGAAACAAUGUCAUGCUUUUGAUUGCCACUAACUUGAAGGAGUACAAUAAAUUUAUGUCCAUUUUCUUGAAAAGGAAAGACUUUACUAACAAAAAUUUAAUUCAAUUGAUCUCUCUAAAACUUCUAACUUUUGAAGUGACGCAGAAUGUGUUGGGGCUCGAGUAUAUUAUUCGAUUAUUACCAAUAAACUUGGAAAAUAAUGACGGCUCAUAUGGUCUGUUUUUGAAGUAUCAUAAAGAACAAUUCAUAAAGUCAAAUUUUGAGAAAAUUUUACUUACAUGUUAUGAAUUAGAAAAAAAAUAUCAUGGCAACGAAUGUGAAAUAAAUUAUUAUGAGAUCCUAUUGAAAAUUUUAAUAACUUAUGGGUCAUCUCCCAAAUUACUUGCAACAUCUACAAAAAUCAUUAUGUUGUUAUUGAAUGAUAGCGUGGAAAACUCAUCUAAUAUUUUGGAGGAUAUUUUGUACUACUCAACUUGUCCGUCGGAAACCGAUCUUAACGAUAUUCCAUUGGGUAGUGGACAACCAGACAAUGACACUGUUGUAACCAACGAUGAUAAAAGUGACGAUGAUGAUCACACAGUCGACGAAAUUGAUCAUGUAGAAUAUUACGUUAUGAUGGACUUUGCCAAUCUUUGGGUUUUCCAAGCGUUUACCUGUUUCUGCAUCAAAAAAAUCAUGGAGAAUAAUGAGCCAGCAAUGGCAAUGGAAGACUUGAAGAACUUCAUAUUCCAAAUUAUCGAAAUAACUAAUUCUAAUGAUUUAUGUUCACAAAUAUUUGACCAACUGAAGGAUAUGCAGACCAUUGAGAUGAUAACCCAAAUAGUGGAGAAAGAUUUCUGCACUUCUUGUUUGCAAAACAACAACCAAAAGAUAGAUGAUAAUUACAUCGUUGUGGUGAUCGAGAUUAUAACGUCAUUAUCGAUGAGGUUUCAAAGAGAAACUUCUGGUAUGAUAGUUAUUUCCAUGGAGAACUAUCAUUUACUAAUAAAGAUCAUAAGACAAUUAAGUGAACUGAACGAAGGAAAUUUAUCUAAGAGAGAAAUCCAAAUAGAUGCCGUCUUGAAAAUUUUUAGCUUUCAUCAGGAUUCCAUUUUCCAACGCAUCAUCGCUGAUUUAUCAGCUGAUAAACCCACAAGUCCAUUCAUUGAUAGCAUAUGCAAGCUGUUUGAUAAAAUAUCAUUUAAUUUAAGAUUGAAGCUGUUCUUGUACGAAAUUUUGUCUUCAUUGAAAUCAUUCGCCAUCUAUUCAUCCACAAUUGAUGCCCCAGCAUUCCACACAAGCGGUAAGGUCGAACUACCGAAGAAAUUGCUGAACUUACCACCAUUCCAAGUGUCCUCUUUCGUUAAGGAAACAAAACUUCAUAGUGGCGACUACGGGGAAGAAGAAGAUGCAGACCAAGAAGAAUCGUUUAGUUUAAAUUUAGGAAUCGGCAUAGUUGAAAUAGCGCACGAAAACGAACAGAAAUGGCUCAUUUAUGACAAGAAAGAUCAUAAAUAUGUCUGCACAUUUUCCAUGGAGCCGUACCACUUCAUCUCCAACUAUAAUACCAAGUACACAGAUGACAUGGCUACAGGCAGUAAUGAUACGACUGCGUUUAACGAUUCCUGUGUAAACCUGAGUCUUUUUGAUGCUCGGUUUGAGAGGAAAAAUCCACAUUGA